AGCAUACUACCAGAGGCCUUGGGAUCGGGAAAGUUUCCACACAAUUCAGAGAAGCCCUAUCGUAGAUAACUUCCUUAAUGAAAUGCCUAAAAUCUCGCAUGAAAAGGGAAGAAAUAAAGAUGGAAAGAAGGUUGCCAGAAUCGUCCCAAUUGAUUCAGUCAUAACCACUAAUUUAUAAUAGACAACUCCUUAAUCAUCAAGAAAUGUUCGACCUUCUUAGAAGAGAGGUCACAGGAGUCUAAACGAAUAAUGACCAAAGAUUUCCGAACCGUCCGAAGAAUUGGGAAGAUAGAUAAGAUCAAUGAGAGAGCACGUAGAGUUCUCACUAAAUGAGAAAGAAGUAUUAAGAGAUUUGAUACCACCAUGCAGAAAGCUAAAGUUAUUGAAAAAGCUACCCCUCAAGAGUUCUCAAGAAAGAUCUGCAAGAUAAAUAUCGCAAGAGCACUGAGGAAAAAGAAUUUGAUGUAUAAUAGCUUUGAUAGUUAA